GAUAAUGCGUCAGUGGCCAGGUCGCUUUACCGACGAGUCAUCUGGCGAAGGUAGCACGAAACGGCAGCUUCCCUUUUUGCUUCCCCUCUAGGGUCCCGUGACGCAGUCAACUCGAAGCGCUAUAUAUUCGAAUAAAGUGGCGGUCUCUGCCGUUGGAAAUAGGAAUCGGAAAGGAACGGUCGGGAAUGCCGAUGAUGCGCGGUCAGCGGUCUGCUGGAUCAGUGCUAGUGCUUGAUGUGAGGCGAGUGUGUACGGUGGUGCACGGUCGCUUCGCGUAUACGGGUUUACGCAGACUGUUUUCAUUCCCGUCGGUUCGUUAAAGCGUGCUCGUACUACUUGCCGCGACUGUGUGCCUGCUUCGUAACGUAAGCGUGCCGUAGGGAUGUACUAAGCAGACGUAACGAGGACGAGAAAAAAAAAAAAAGGGGGUGAUUCGAAGGACGGAAUCGCGGAGAAAGCAAUCGGAAAGUAUCGCGAGUGAGAAAGAGUGGAGGAACUUAUGGCAGGGUGGCUCGCCACCAGCCAACUAGGAAUAAAGGGCAAGAGAAAUGGGCCGGUCCGUACUUACGUGAUAGGAGGUGCAUGAGCGCGCGCGCGCUCGCACUCGCUCGCGUGUGUAUGUGCGUGCGUGUGUCAUCGCUGCGCGAGUGUGUACGUGAGAAAGGGGUGAGGAGCGAGGGUGAGAAAUAGUUUGGCCGUAUUUUCGAAAGUGAUAGAAUCCCAGCCGGAAAAGCCGUGGUUAGCGCCGGGUGUGAGGUUCGACGAGGCAAGAUGACAGCUAAGUAUAUUUUCAUGACGCUGAUAAACGCGGCGUUCCUAUGCCUGGCGUCCACGAUACUCUCGGAGUCAGCCGGGGCCUCUUGCAAGUGGUUGUCCGAGGGUGGCAACGAUACGCGUUCCGCGGACUGCACCCUGCGCGUGUUGGAUCCUGUCGCGAUCACCAGCCUCGUGUCAUCGCUGGACGGUGCUCUCAAGUUGCGGAUUAAAUGCAGCGACGUCCAUCACUUCGAGAGCAGCUUCAACGCUCAAAGCUGGCAACGGUUGACCAGUUUGCACGAGCUCCACGUGCACGGUUGCAAAGUGCUCCGUAUACCGGAGGGAUCGUUCCAACCGCUUCUGGAGCUCAAGAAACUCACCGUGCAAACGUUCAACGGUGUAUGGGGUGCCAGCCGUGUGAUCGAAUUCGCCCCGAACUCGUUGCUUGGUCUGCGCGAACUGCACACCCUCGAGAUCGUCGAAAGCAACCUGCACGCGCUUCCCGUGGGUUUGCUCUGCGGACUGGACAAUCUUCAAACGUUGAAUCUGACGGGGAAUCAUUUGCGCGACGCCAACGAUAUCGGGCUGUAUCGACGGGACGUCCCCGGCGACGGGAACGUCGAACCGUGUCGCGCGGACAUACGAGUAUUGGAUCUGUCGCUGAACGAGCUCGAGCGAUUGCCCGAUAACAGCCCGCUGGUCGGCUUGCGACAGCUCCAAGAGUUGCACCUGCAACGAAACUCGCUCGUCGAAAUUGCCGGCGAUGCGCUCACCGGGCUGACGGUGCUGCGCACCUUCAACGCGAGUUACAAUUCCCUGGACGCGUUGCCCGAGGGUUUGUUCGCCAGCACGAGAGACCUUCGAGAGAUACACCUGGCGUACAACGGGCUACGCGAGCUGCCCAAGGGCAUAUUCACUCGUCUGGAGCAGCUGCUGGUCCUAAAUCUCGCCGGUAAUCGACUGGGCAGCGAUCGCGUGGACGAGACGACCUUCCUCGGGCUUAUUCGUUUGAUCGUUCUCGAUCUCUCGUACAACGCGUUGACGCACAUCGACGCCCGCACCUUCAAGGAUCUCUUCUUCCUCCAGAUCCUCGAUCUUCGAAACAACACGAUAGAUCGGAUCGAGAGCAACGCCUUUCUCCCGCUCUACAAUCUGCACACCCUCGAGCUGUCCGACAACAAGCUUCACACCGUGGGAGCGCAACUUUUCAACGGUCUGUUCGUACUGAAUCGGCUCACGUUGUCCGGCAACGCUAUCGCGAGCAUCGACCCGUUGGCGUUUCGCAACUGCUCCGAUUUGAAGGAACUGGAUCUGAGCGGUAACGAGCUUACGUCCGUACCGGACGCGUUGCGCGACCUCGCCUUCUUGAAAACCCUCGACCUCGGCGAGAACCGGAUCAGCGAUUUCCACAACGGCUCGUUCCGGAAUCUCCAUCAGCUGACGGGGCUGCGGCUCAUCGGUAACGACAUCGGGAAUCUCUCCCGCGGUAUGCUCUGGGACCUACCGAACCUGCAGAUCCUGAAUCUCGCCAGGAACAAGGUGCAACACGUCGAGAGACACGCGUUCGAGAGAAACGAACGUCUCGAAGCAAUACGCUUAGACGGAAACUUUCUGUCCGAUAUCAACGGAGUGUUCACCAGCAUUGCCAGUUUAUUAUUGUUGAAUCUAUCCGAGAACCACAUCGAGUGGUUCGACUACGCCUUCAUACCGGGGAACCUGAAAUGGUUGGACAUACACGGGAACUACAUCGAGAGCUUGGGGAACUAUUACGAGAUCCGCGACUCGAAGGUGAAGACCUUGGACGCCAGUCACAAUCGCAUCACAGAGUUAUCGCCGUUGUCCGUCCCCGACAGCGUCGAGUUGCUCUUCAUAAACAACAAUUACAUCAGCGUGGUGCGAUCAAACACCUUCGCCGACAAGGUGAACCUCACCAGGGUCGACAUGUACGCGAACAUGAUCGAGACGAUGGAGCUGACGUCGUUGCUUCUCACCAAAGUCCCCGAGGACAAACCACUGCCAGAGUUCUACAUCGGCGGCAAUCCGUUCAAUUGCAAUUGCUCGAUGGAUUGGCUGCCGGCGAUCAACAAUCAAACGUCCACGAGAGAAUAUCCGAGGAUCAUGGAUCUGGACAACGUCAUGUGCCGCACUUCCGGGCCACGUGGUGUCGCCAUCGUGUCGGCCUCCACGGCCCGAUCGGAGCAAUUCCUAUGCCGCUACGAGGCCCAUUGUUUCGCUCUCUGCCAUUGCUGUGAUUUCGACGCGUGUGACUGUGAGAUGACUUGCCCGGCCGGCUGCAAGUGCUACAACGAUCGGACGUGGAACACGAACGCGGUGGAUUGCUCCGGUCUCGGUGUCGGGGAGAUACCACGUCGUAUACCGAUGGACGCGACCGAGGUUUACCUGGACGGUAACGUGUUACGCGAGCUGCAGAAUCACGUCUUCAUAGGACGGAAGAACAUGCGCGUACUGUACGUAAACGGCAGCGGGAUCGAGUCUAUACAGAACCGAACGUUCAACGGUCUGAACAAUCUCCAAAUCCUUCAUCUCGAGGACAAUCGGAUACGCGAGCUGAAGGGUUUCGAGUUCGAGCGACUCUCCCAUCUGCGCGAACUUUAUCUACAGAACAAUCUGAUCGGGUUUAUCGGCAACCUGACGUUUCUCCCGUUAAGAUCCCUCGAGAUAUUGAGACUAAGCGGUAACCGGUUGGUGACCUUCCCCGUCUGGCAGGUUACCCUGAACGCGCGUCUCGUCGAGCUGUCCCUGGGCAGCAACCCGUGGUCCUGUCGUUGCAAAUUCUUGCAGGAGUUGUCCUCGUGGGUAUCGGACAACGCGCACAAGGUGGUAGACGCGAGCGACGUUUGGUGUUAUUACGGUGGCGACGCCAGGCCGGCGUACAGGCGCCGAUUGAACGUUAACGAGACGGUCUGCUCCGAUUACUUUUCUCAGGGCGGAGUGAUCGAGAGCAUCAUGGUAUCCGAUUAUUUGCCUCUGGUAGCUGCUACUUUGUCCGCGGUGCUCGUUCUUUUGGUGAUCAUCGUCUUAGCGUUCAUAUUCCGCGAGCCCGUGAGCGCCUGGGCUUACUCCAAGUACGGAUUGCGAUUUCUGCGCGCGAAACCAGGGAAAUCGGCCGGGACGGCGGCGAUGCCAUCCGCGGCGCCGAUGGCCGCGUGUUGCGACGCCGAUCGCGAGCGUCUCUACGAUUGUUACGUCUGCUAUAGUCCCAAUGACGAGGACUUUGUGCUCCACUCGCUGGCCGUCGAGCUCGAGCACGGCACCGCCGGCGUCAGACUCUGCUUACAUCAUCGCGAUCUAUCUUGCGUGCUCCGCGCCUCCGCCCCGGCGCCGGUCGUCCUGGAAGCGGUCGACGCGUCUCGACGCGUGCUGAUCGUCCUUACCCGUAACUUCCUUCAAACAGAGUGGUCGCGUUUCGAGUUUCGCGCGGCUCUUCACGAAGCGUUGCGCGGCAGGGCGGCCCAGUUGAUCGUCGUGCAGGCUGGCCACGCGUGUCCCGAGGUGGAAAGGGACCCCGAGCUACGGCCGUACCUGAGAACGGCGGCGGCGAUCCUCACGUGGGGCGAGAAGAGGUUCUGGGAACGCCUCAGAUUCGCCAUACCGCCUGGGAACAUGGGCGACAUAUCCAUGGAGAGGAAAUCGUCCCCGUUGGUCUACAAGCGGAACAUCAACACGUACACGUUGGACGGGGUUGGUAGCGAGAAAACGAGCAUGUCGACGCUGCGGGCCCAGGAACGACAGCGUACCUUCUUCAAAGACUCGUCGCCAACGACCGCGUUGAUGCUGCAACACGCGCCUCCCGCCUAUUCCUGCGGCACGGUCUCCAUGCCGCAACAACAACCACCACCUUCGUCACCGCAGCCCAGGCUGACCGUCAAUCACGCCUACCGAGAUGCGGUUACCGUACCAGGUAGCAAUCUCAUCGCCACCAACACGACGGUGAGCAGCGGCAGCAGCGAGGAUCACAGAAGACCGCUGUCCGAGCACAUAUACUCGUCCAUCGACUCGGAUUAUUCCACCUUGGAGAGAACCGCCUGGAGACAGCAACAACCCCCGCCACCGCCACCGCCACCAUCUUCCGGCCAGGCCUAUCUCGUCUAGCUCCACCGACGCGAAUUAUAUUCGACUCGCGUUUCACGGACGGAGUCGGGCGCAUUUUUACUCUAGAUCAUCAACGACGAGAAUCUGCUCGUCUAUCGACGAGUCUAUUCGCGGACCUUUCUCGUCCCCUUCCCUGCUAAACCCGUAUGUACGUGUACGUUCUCGUUUAGCAAACAAAUUGGAAAUUGCUACCUUUUAAAAGCAUAAUUAUUUUUUACACAAGUUACUUACGAAUCAACCCAAUGCGAAAAAGCAAUAUUGUAGAGUGCAGAGGAUAUAACCUCUGGCUAAAAAAUUGUUCGUUUUUAAAUAACUCGUUAAUUCGCGUAUCAACCCCGUAGAUACACAAUGUUGGAUUAAUCCUUGAAAAACAAACAAUUUCCGAUCCGUUAUUUGUUCGAUAGAAACACAACCAAAUCGGUUUUAUAUCGAACGAAUAACGAGUUAUUCGAACAGUUAUUCGAUACGCAAAACGGAGACAGAAAGUCCAGACUGCUGCUGACCAAUUAUUCAGUAGCGAAAUGAAUUGGAAACAAGCUCAAAAGUUUACAUGAAAAAUAUGUCGGUGCAAUUGUAAUUUUAUCUGGUCCGUUCGCAAUUUUAACCGAGCGAUACGAUAACGUUUUGCAAAGGUAUAACAUCCGACUCUGAUACAAAUAUUCCAAAAAACCCGUUUGUUUUUCAUAAAUGUGUCAACGAAACAAACAAGAUUUUUCAGUUAUCAGUUAUGAAUAAAAACACGCUCGGAAAUUGGUUAAAAAGCACAAAUUUCAAUAGUAUCGUGCGUUUCGUUCGUUUAGCUCAGAUAGCGAACAGUUUGUGCUUGAUAUCUAAAGGUGGUCUUUGAAUAUUUUUUCGAUCGAUUUUUCUUUAACUUGGUUCCAUAAAAAAUGCUCUAUCCAGACGAUCUAGAUAAAGAUGUACUCGAGGUAAAUCGAGUAACGCUCAACUCUGCCCAGAAGGAAGACGCUUCUGGCUUUUUUAUGUUCGCGCCGGCAAGGAGAAGGAUUCGCAUACUCGCAGAAACAGAUAUUUCCACGUGUUUCGUUCCACGGCUAGGAUUAACCUUCGAUGGUUGAUAAACGAAAGAUAUAUUUUCGAUUUAAAUUCUGUCGUCUAUCGAGCAUCGACGUGUAACCUAGGGAUUCGGAGUUAGCUAGGUAGUUUGCACCGAGCGUUUGAUGCGCCAUUAGGCACUCGAGACGUAACAAACUUACGAUGGACGUGAUUGGCGUAUCCAGUUGGGACUUGACGAAAGAAGCCAGACGGAACCAAACUCCUUCACGUAUUGGUCCCUCGACGCGUGACAAAUUUCUGUCCAGUACAAAUUAGAUAUUAAAUUUAACUCAAUUUUGUUGACGACCGAGGAACUCCUUGAUGCUCGAGACAGAUUGGAAAGUGGUCACUUUGCAUCUAUAGGGUGUGUUUGUAGCAUGACUUUGAAAUGAUCAGGGGAAAUCUGGCUUUUUCGGAGGAUUAUGUAAUUUAAAGUGGGAAAUUAACGGUCGAAAGAUAGUUUUGUAUCUCCGGACAACCAAUAUUAGGAUCGGUGCAAAUAUACCCUCGCAGAUGCAAAGUAAUCCACUUUUAUGUGUCACUGAAUAUGCGUCAAGAGUCAUCGGAUAUUCACUUUUAUGAUCCAAUAAUUGAAAUAUAUUUACAAGAAUUUAAUGAAAGCGCCUCGAUGCUUCAGAGGUUGAACACCUUUCGAGUGUUCCAGACGCUCUACUUCGACAACAGCUGAACCGAGGCUUACUUUCUUCUAUCGUGUAAAGUAUUUCGUUAUUUGUGAAUGUAGGAGAGUAAUGCCGAGAGGAGGACUUAUUUAUUAAAAACACUUUAUGUCUACGGAUGUCUUGUAAAAAGAUCCACGUGUACACGAAUUAACACUAAGAUUAGUUAAUAGAGGAGUCCGUGGUUUGGAAAACCGAGUGAAAUGGUUACAAAAAUAAAAAGGUUUCAUUCGGAUAAUGCUGAUAGACUCUUCGGUAUGGCUGAUCCAGCAAACCCUGGCUUAGACGCGGCUAGAUGUUUGAUGAACCUAGAUCGACUAGAAACUCUAAAGCCAGAGUCGGUUUAGGUGCAUCUAAAGUAAAGUUUGCUGUGUCAGCUUUUCGAGUCUGCCAGGAUUACUUGCAUCGAACGUCAGAUUUUUACUUUUGUUACCUUUUAUUCGACGAUCCAUAGAAUUCAUGGACGUGUUAACGUUAAUUGAUGCAUCGUUUCGAUCCCAAUAUGCGGGGAAUAUAUCGGGAGUUCAGCAAUUGAAAAUAAUAAAAAAAAAUUAGAUGACCAUAUAUUAUACGUAACCUUGUUCGUUUGAACAUUUUUUUUUUUUAUUAUUUUUACACGUUGAAUCAAUGUUCUCGAUAUAAAUAGCUCCUCUUACCGUUACUCCGUUGAUUUUUAGUCGCCAUUGAGGGCCAAUGAUGAUUUCUGAUGGUGCAUUAUUUAUUUAAACGAUGAAUUAAGUGAUUUAUAUAUUCAUUUCCAUAUGUUUUUGGGAAAACGGUGAUCGUACAAGGUGCUUCGAACUUGUAUAGUUGUGUAUAUCUUAUUUGUACAUUUCACAAACUUGGUACGCCUGGUGCGAACGUCCCUCGAUGCAAACAAUAUCGAAUGAAAUAUUUGCUAGCAAGACGAUUCAUUGAUAAAAUCGCACAGAUUUUUAUUCACGGUUCGCAAGAGCCCCACGGGGUUCAAGAAAAUAUAAUUCCGAAAUGCUAUUGAAAACUGCUUUGAGGUCAUGGUGGUGGCGCCCACAUGGCAUGCAUCCCUAUCGAAUAUAUUUUACAAUCAAGGGAUGUCCUUUGCUCUCAUUUAAAUGUAUUUUACCAGUUAAUUGAUUACCGUGUAAACCCUCAUGAUUUUCAACCGAUAUACCCGUUAUGUACAUUCUGUAUCUUUGAUGUAAUUAUCGAUACUCAUCCAUUGUACCUUCCACAAGUCACAUAUUUGUGAAGCUAUCAUUUUAUUUUAAAUAACGUCGCUUUGACAUUAAAAGACUAAAUCCACUUUUGCGUAGAAAUUUGAAAACCAAGUAACGGGGUCGAGGUUUAACACGUUCACAAGUUCGUGAUCGGCAUACGGGUCACAGCAUCGUGCUAUUAUAUACAACCCCGAGAAGCUGGACAAUGAACGGGUUAAAUUUCCGAAAAUUCCUAUAGAGAGGUAUAUCGCUACAACCCGUUGUAGCAUCCGAGAAGGUUUCUGCGAGCCUUGUGUAGCGUACGCGCUCUCGAUUCUCACGAAGAAAAAGUCUGUGCGAUUCCAUCAAUUGAAUAGUUCUUGGUAAUUAGCGCGCUCUUAUUCGGCACGCGUGUCAGAACCGAGUACGGUGCAAAUUAAGUCUGUUCUGGCUCCCAGUGAUUAUCGAGCUUUCGCGUAGUCACGGCCUUUCGGAGGAACGUUAGUUUCACGACAGAACACGCGAUUAGCCGAGUAACUACGGACUACUUUAGGAAAUAUUUGUUUGCAAUCCUUUUUCUCCUCGCGAAAAUGCGUUCGCUACUUGCUUCGUUUCAUCGGUAAAAGCGUGAUUGUCCACUUUUCCACUCCUACGGCGUUUUCCCUUUUUCCUUCCCUCCUCCCCCAACCUUUUGUUUUCUCGCUCGGCCUCGUCGUUCCCACCACCCUUCGUUUCUUUUGUUGUCUCUCAUCCUUCUUCCACUACCCAUCCACCCUCGAUAUCAGAGCCUCCUCGCUCCUUAGGAACAGAUUGCGCUCGCGCAAAACCGGUGCGACGCGAAAUUUUCUGAAUGGCGUCUCGCGAGAACCUAGUUCCGACUGGGACUCGUCUGUGUGCUCCCUUUCCCACUUCGCUCGACGACUUUUCAGCGUGCAAUAAAGCAUAAACACGCCGCCGCAGUGCUUUAAAACAGCCGUUUCACCGCGAAUAACUAUAUUUCAACCACGAAAGCGCGCGCGGUUCGUCGAGGACGAGUGGGAUUGUUGCGGAUUAACCGCGGUUUUUCAAUUGGUUUCUUCGCGAAGUACGCGAAACGGAUGCUCGAUUGUACGAGCUGACGGGACGGGAGCCGCGAAGAUCGCGCUGUAAUUACUCGAGAUUGUAUUCGGAAUUUUUGUUUAGGUUUCGCGUUCAAUUAUAGGACGAAUACAUAGGGUGUUUUGUACAAGGGGUUACAAGGUAUAUUCUUAGAAAUUAACGAAGAUGUCGGCUCCGUUUUCUUUACAGCUAGAUGGUUGAUCUUUUAGUACGUAACAGAAUUUGUUUGGGAGAUCGUUAAAGGGGAAAAGGUGGACUCGCUUCUUUUUAACACUAAAACUACCGAUGCUUCGGUUCAUGGCCAAUUCAUAGGGAGUAGAGUAUCUAGUGCCUAGUUUCCUAUCCAACAGUAAUGUUGUAAUCCAGCAUUUUUAAAAAGAAGUCCUCGAGGUACACGGGCCGAAUCGAGUAACUAUAGUGUUAACUUCAGUAUUAAUGGAAUCUGGUAUUUAUUUCUUUUUUAUUAUUUAGACGCUUCUUAUAAAACCGAACAACAUUUCAUCUCUCACGAGUCCUUUGACUAGCGUCGACAACAAUCGACUGAUUUUAAAAAGCUCGGAGUAAGCACUAGGGGUCUAGUUGCUCUGUCGGUUCACCGUUGAGCGUUGGGGAACGAUCGAAACCGAUGAUACCGUUUUGUCGCGGUCGGAUAGCUGUUUUUAAAGCACUGUACUCCUUUGCACGGAAUAUGGUUGAAAUGGAAAUAAAAAUAAAAAAGAAAAAAAGAAAAAAAAAGACGAAGAAUUGUGUCCCGGUGCCCGAUUCGUUUCCACGUGUGUACAUAUUUAUUAUAUACAGAACGCAAUAUGUAAAUAGAGCCCGCAAGCUGUACGCGCGUCAGCGUAUCUGUACGUAUGUACAAUUGUACAAAUUCUAUGUAUGAACGAGAAGAGGAGGAGCGCGUCGAUCACGGCCGACACGUUCGCGUCGCGUAGAGAGUUUUAGCUUCGAUUUUGAAUUCUCGAAUAGGUAGACGACUUUUUGUAAUUUUAUAUGUCCCCGAGUUAACACUGUACGAUAUGUAAAUAUGUAUAUCAAACGUCGCCUCGUGUAAGAUAUUAUUCAUCGCGGAUGGAAUGAGACGAGAGAAAAUGGUAAUUAAGAGUGAGACUAAAAAGAAAAAAAAAAAGAAUUAAAUACAGAAACGAAGAAGAAGUGUGCAUGCGCUUGCGAUACCGCGAGCACCGACACGCGUCGCGCAUGCGUCGUAAAACUUAACUGUAUACUUGAUUUAUUUAAAUCAUGUGAAUAAAUUUAUAAAAUACGUUAUUAUUA